AUGAUAAGAGAAAAGCUUAUCGGAAAACUGCUCCUGCUCCUCGCGAUUGUUUUACCUUUGGGAUCAGGACAGAACAGCACCCUGAAGAUCAACACGAACGUGAAAGACAUCGAGGCCGGGGCCGUGGCCCUGCCCUCUAUCCAGGGACCCGGGAACAUCUGCAUCCGCGAGGAGCCCUACGUGGAGCAUGUCCAGGUGCCGGAGAUGCAGCCGGUGCGAGUGCGCACCUCCAGCUGGUGCAUGGAGAUCCCGCCGAGGUGCGCCACCUUCAAGACGGAAAUGCGCGAGGUGAUGAGGGUGCAGAAGUUGAACAAGACGCGCACAGUUCGCUUUUGCUGCCAAGGGUACGAGGGAAAUCUCUCCGACAGUCAAGCCACGUGCAAGCCCAUCUGCAGGGGCGGAUGUGGGCGUGGCAGUUGCGUAAUGCCCGAUACUUGCAGCUGCGAGGAGGGCUAUAUUGGCAAGCAUUGCACACAGCGUUGCGAUCACGAUCGCUGGGGGCUGGACUGCAGAAAUCUAUGCCAAUGUCAAAAUGGAGCAGCCUGCGACAAUAAAUCGGGACUUUGUCACUGCAUCGCCGGUUGGACAGGACAAUUUUGCGAGCUGCCGUGUCCCCAGGGAACUUACGGAAUCAUGUGCCGCAAGGCCUGCGACUGCGAUGAGAAUCCGUGCAAUCCCCAAACGGGUGCCUGCAUACAGCAGGAUCAGCCUCUUCAGCUGAAUGUGAGCCACGUCAUCGUGGAGACUGUCAACUCCACGCUGGAGAAGAUGGGCAUCAUUCCGCGUCCCACCACCCCCGUUCCCCUGCCGGAGGUCAUAGUAAUCAAGCAACCGACCAGCCAUGAAAAUGCCCAGCACUCGCCAAAGAUCAUUGUCCAUCAAUCGGGCAGCGACCUGCUAGAGAAUCUUCAUACGGCUGCAGCCGCCGGAGUUCCCACUCCGGAGGUCAUCCACGUCAUCACCAAUGGAAUCACCUCCCCACAGGAGCACUUGGCUGGAUUCGUCGGUGGUGACUCCAACUCAAGUCAGACGGCGACGGCUGAUCAUCAGUCCGGCUUGGUGAUCACCCUGGUCAGCAUAAUGCUCCUCCUGCUGGUCGCCAUUGCGUGUGGUUCACUGUACGUGUACCGGAGGUAUCAUCACAAAAAUUCAGCCGUAUACAAUGCCAACGGAACGGUGACCACGCUGCCUGCAAAUCCGGAGGUGGUUCUCACCGAAGCCGCGGCCCUGGGAAAAAACUUCCACGAGCCUCUGCCCGAACCGCCCGUGGCCUUCGCAAUCACGCCCCAAUUGAACGAGGCACAACCAGAAUUAUAUGACACCCCCAGCAAUAAUUCCUCAAUUAAAACACCACCCUACGCCUAUGCUAGGAAGGAGUCCCUCUACUCGGUGGUUUCGCCCAAGUCUCGAAAGGGAAGCCUGGACUCGCACCUGUACGACGAGAUCCGCUACCACCAGCAGCACCACCAGCAGCUCCACCAUCAGCAGCACCACCCACGGAACCAUCAGCAUGUCCAGCACUCCACCACCGCCUCCGCCUUCCUGCCGGCCAGGCCACAGGUGAUGCCAGUGAACGACCAGUUCUCCAAUGGAAGUCUUCAUCCUCACCAGCGAUCGCAUCAUGUCACCCACUUGAUAAUUCCGCCACAGAACUCCAACUUUUUGCAGGUUCCCGCUCAGAUCAUAGCCAAAAGAGUUGCCCACCUGUAAAUUCUUUUGCUGAAACAAGAGAUUUUUCUCAACAUAUGAAAAUGCGUUAGCCCCUUGGUAACUUUUACAUAUUGUACAAAUUUAUUUUAAUUUAAGCUAAAAAAGUGGUUUUUACCAUACACCAGGUAAUUAUAUACCAAAUUAUAAAAUAAUGUGUCCCAACAGUUACAUUUUAGGUCUGCGAAUUUUCACAACUAUACUUAUUUUUAUAACAUAUUUAGAUCAAUAAAUAUAUGUACAGGCGUAAAACCAAAUGCUAGGUGACUAAAACAAUCAGCUAACUUUAUUGAUUACAUUAUUUUAGCUACCCAGGAAAUAUUGUAAUACUUUUUGAUUAUUUUAUUUAUAUAUCAGUUUGAACUGAGAAUUAAUAGAUCGAUUAAAAUACUUUAAAAAAUUAUUUCAUAUAUCAUAUUUACUAUAAUAAGAGGAAAAGCCACUGUGUAACUGUAGGUAGGUAGGUUACUACUAAGGUGGUUAAACUCUAUACCUAUCAAGUUAAUACAGCUUCACCUUAUUUGUAUCACUUUCCAAAUGUGAAUUUGCAUGGUUAAAGGUUUCUGCAUUCUUUAGGGUUACUUUUUGUUUAGAUAAGACUUUUAUAUCUAUGAAAAUCUAUUGGUUAGAUUAUAGGUUUCGUUAAGUACUACUUAAGUACUUUGUGGCGUGUUCAGUUUGCCGCACAGUAAAUUCCAAUGUUAUUUGUUAAGCCGCUAAUAAUAGUUUUAAAAAUAAAAUUUUCUGCCUAUUUAAAAAUUUAGUUACGAGUUCAUACAAAAUGUAAUUUAACUAUGAUAACAUUAUUAUAUCAUUUAACUAAUUACGUAUACGUUAAAGCAUAUUUAUAAACAUGUAUCCACAAUAAAUUAGUUAAAUACAAGUAUAA